GCCUCCAUGGUUGUUGUCGCCGUGAUCCUGUUCGUGUCCACUAUUUUUGCCUGUAGUACUGUGAAUGGCGCUAGCAACGUUUUCGAAUUGGACGGCGUAACAAUAGAAAGAACGCACAUCCCAAAGACGUGCGAUUUUGCUGCUGAAGACGGCGACACAUUGUCCAUACACUACAGAGGAACACUGGAAGACAAAACUGAAUUUGAUUCAAGUUAUAAUAGAAAUAGGCCGUUCUCAUUUACACUUGGGGAGGGACAGGUUAUAAAAGGUUGGGACAUAGGAAUCAAAGACAUGUGCAUUGGAGAAAAGAGAACACUAACUAUCCCGUCAGAUAAAGGUUAUGGUGACAGAGGAUCUCCACCCAAGAUACCUGGAGGUGCAACACUGAUAUUUGAAACAGAACUUCUAGAUAUAGACUAGACAGCACCAGCUUACAGUAUAUAGAUGAAGAUUCAACCCCUAGAAAAUUGAUAGAUGUGUGACGCCAGUACCACCAACGCCCAACCCCUUUCCAGAGAUUCAAAAGGCAAAAAUGGAUAUUUGUCACAAAAUUUUGCCAAUAACGUUUCCCUUUCACAUACUAUGACUAUUUUUGUCAUUGGUUAUGUAUGAAUAUACGAUAAACCAUUUUUCCCACCAUACUUAGCAUAUUUUAAACUUGAACUAAGCUUUUUAGCAGUUGUUAUUUUCAUCAAGAGUCACUUUUUAAUUACCGGUAAUGCUUCAAUUUUUGUCUUCUUUCCUCCUUUUGCUCAACAAAAAGGAACCUUUUUAUGGCGGCACAAAUAUAUAAAUAUUUCAAUUGGGAGUAGGAAUUUUACAUGGUCACAAAGGGCUGAGGUGUAUUAGUAUUGUAAACUGCUUAAUUUUCCCAAUAUGAUGAUUUUGAUGCAUUUGUGAAAACAAAAUUUCAUGAAAGUCAAUUACACUUUUGACAUCAUAUUCACUGUCUCUUGGAAAAUUAAAACAGUUACCGUAUAUUUUCCUUAUAAUUAGAUUAUUUGAUGACAUCUAAAUUGCACGGUUAUGCAUGCUCGAUGUCAAGCCCCCCUCCAAGAAACCUGUGUGUGAUUCAGCCAAGGAGUUGCAUCAUUGAAUCAUAUAUGAAUAAUAGCAGGAUGAUAAAGAAUGUAUUAAAAUACACCUUUUCGCUGGAUCUGCCAAGGUUAUAGUGGUGAGGGGAUUAAAUUGACCUUGGCCAGCGAAGUUAUACGUCUUCCAAUUAAUAAUGGUAUCAAUACAUUGCCGGCUGAAAGCCUCCAGGGAUUGCCAAAGUGAAUAGGGGAAAUGUGUUAAUGUAGUGAGAAACUAGCUUUUUGCAAAGACUAUCUUAUACAGUAUUUUGCCAAUCCACUAAUCCAGGACUGCCAGAGGGUGAUUGGCAAAACCUUCUGCCUGAAGGAGUGAAUGCAAAUAUAUUUGCACAUGUAACACCUAGUCUGUAUUUUCCUUUUUUAAAAAAAAAUAAAUUUAGGUUUCAUCAUUAUGUGUUGUGUACUGGUACUGUGAAAACCUUAAUUUUCACUGGUUAAUUUAAUUUCAUUAUUUAGUAUUUCUUUUGACAGGUUUUUAGAUUUUUCAAAAUUGGGAGAAUAAAUAAUGAAAAACUGU